AUGUCCAUCAUCCUUGAAGAUCACCAACCUCCCAGCCUCACCCGCCUCGGUCCAACUUGGUACCAUGAGAUCCCUUUCUUACCACAUGGAUGGGAGACCACCAAUGAUCACGGAUCCGGGUCACUGAAACAUGCUGCAUUGAAAUCUCUUGUCCGAGAUCAGUCAGCACUGAAACAUGAGCUGUUCGAGCAUGUUCCCUGGUGCCUGGCUAAAUACAUCUGGGACGCACUUGGGAGAUGCAACAAACAAACCAUGCACAUGUGGAAAAUCAUGACCAUAGCGUAUCCUAAGCAGUUCCCUGAACUCAGCCGCCACUAUUGUCUGAGCGCGGGCUCACCGAAGAAGCCGCUUGGGGACUAUAUGAACAUCCUCAAUAACGAUGAUUUCUGCUGGCGCGCUAUUUUAACCAUUGCAACUGCGUAUUGCUCUGCUGCAGACCUUACGGCCAUCGCGAAAAUCAGAAAUCUGGUUGCAUUGGAUGUUUACAAUCAGCCUUACACGUCCAAAUCUACGCUUGAUCCUAUGAGCGUUGAUCACGACGGCCUCCCCUUGCAGGAUGGAUUCGUGCGUGGCUGGAUUGAAUCGAACGAACUGCAGCAUCUCCGUGUCCUCAGGCUCUACAAUCAGCACGAAGUGACCACUUCUGCGUUGAGAUCGCUGCGCGACCUACCUGAGCUUCAGCUUGUGCUGGCAUACGAAUGUGAAAAAAUCACUAAACACAUCAGAAAGUCAGGCAGGCCUGCGAAUGGUGUUGAUAUCAAUGUCGAAGGCUGGUCCGCCUGUAGACUUGAUUGGCUCUGGGAUAGCGAAAAGAAGGCCAAGAGUCUCAAUCAUGUCAUGCCUCUACUUCAUGCGUACGAAUCCAGCAUCCAACCGGCGAAAAAUGGCGAGACUAAAGCCUCGUCGCUGAGUACAAAGUUACCCAUUCUGGAGUUCAAACUUCCGACCAUUGACCAUAGCAAAAAGGAGAUGCUGGCUAUUCGCUCAAACUAUAGCUCCAUGUCGAUUGUGAUGUUUACUCGAGAUCCGGUGAGACAGAGGAUAGAGGGCGAGAGAAAACAGAAGCGUGAAAGGGAGCGCAAGAGUUCUGAUGCGCCUGAAGGGAGUCGACGUCCUCCCAAGCGGGCUGUUAUGAAAGACAGAGGAAUCGAUAUCUCGAAGACUUUGAAUGAGUUCUUCUGA